GCACAGAGAUGGAUGCAGUACCAGAGAAUGUCACUACGGUGAAGACAUUUGUCCUGUCAGGCUUGACCACUAGCCACAGCACCGAACUGGCGCUCUUCGUUUUCUUCACAGCUAUCUACUCCCUGAUCCUAGUUGGCAACGUUCUCAUCGUCGUCACCAUCAUCUACGACCAACAUCUUCACACCCCCAUGUACUUCUUCCUCAGCAACCUCUCUUUCAUCGAUGUCUGCCAUUCUUCCGUGGUCAUGCCCAAAAUGCUCGCCGACUUCCUAGCGGAGACGAAGACCAUCUCCUUUGGGGAAUGCAUAGCCCAGAUGUUCUUCCUCCACCUCUUUGCUUGCACGGAGAUCUUCCUCCUCACCAUCAUGGCCUACGACCGCUACGCCGCCAUAUGCAAUCCCCUCCAUUACGGCACCAUCAUGAGCCGCCGGGUCUGCCUCCAGUUGGCUGUGGCCAUGUGGCUGGGUGGUUUGGUGCACUCCAUAGCCCUAACACUGUUGACGCUCAAUGUGCCCUACUGCGGCCCCAACAGCAUCGACAACUUCUUCUGCGACGUCCCUUUGGUCAUCAAACUGGCCUGCGCCAACACUUACGUCUUCGAAAUCCUCAUCGUCUCCAACUCGGGGGUGAUCUCGGUCGUCUGCUUUGUUGUUCUGGUGGUCUCCUACGUGGUCAUCCUCGUUUCCUUGAGGAACCGCUUCUCUGAAGGGCGGAGGAAGGCUCUGUCGACUUGCGCUGCUCACCUAACGGUGGUCACCUUAUUCCUGGGCCACUGCAUCUUCAUCUACCUCAGACCGGCCAAGAGUUUGGCUGCAGACAAGGUGGUUUCUAUCUUCUUCACGGCGGUCACACCCCUGCUCAACCCGGUCAUCUACACCCUGCGGAACGAGGACAUGCUGAAUGCCCUGAACAAGCUGCGAGGCCGACAGGUCAAUCUGGAAGGCAAAGGGCAUUAGGAGGAAGAGGGAUGAAAUGGUGCAUUCAUUCAUUCAUAAAAGUGCAAAGCUGCUUUAUUUCGAACAUCAUUUGCAAACUAGUAAGAAGGAACAGCUUUUGACCACAGUCAGCAAACAAUAUGUCAUAUCGAACUCGGGUAUACCCCAGAAUUCAGCAGUGGAUUUGAAACCUUGGUUUUACUGGAUUUAUUUCAGUGCAGGCUCCCUACUGAUCUUUGGAACUCCCUGACAUCAAGCAGGUACCUUCACUGUACUCUUUUCAACAUUU